UUGUCAAAGCUCAGAAAAAUAAAAACGUUGGACGGAACUUUUUGCACCACGAGGUGACGACCCAAACCGUUCAUCAUCGAUCAAGUCCCUUCAGAGAUGGCUGGACUGCUUAGAAAAGAUCUCUCCCACUGGCCCACACGCAAUUCUAGAUAGAUGGUGAAGAUCAUCACGUGGUGGGGCAGAAGAAGCGAGCAGGUUGGGCGAGCCUCCUUAGCAUGCGUUUGUUAUUAUUUUUCUCCCUGAAUAUUCAAAUCCUUCCUUUACAGCCCGAGAGAGAGAGAGAGAGAGGGAGAGAGAGUUUAUAUUGUAAUGGAAGGCCAAACCCUAGCGUUUUCUUUUUCUGCUCUUCUAAGUAACAAAGAAGAAAAGGAGAGAUUUCAUUUGAUCUUGAUUUUCAAAAGAUCUCAAAAAUCAUUUCUCUAAUCAGGUUUUUCCUCGAUAGCUCAUCUUCAAUUACACCCAUUUGGGGAAGAACAAAAGAUUCUUGGGUUUUGGUUUUGGGGUAUUUGAGAUUUUUUUGUAGAAAUAGAAAAAAAAAUGUUGUCUAGAUCAUACACCAAUCUGUUGGAUCUGGCGUCGGGGAAUUUCCCAGCAAUGGGCCGCAUAGGGAAGCCCCGCCUCCCACGUGUGAUGACCGUCCCUGGGAUCGUCUCUGAACUUGACGAUGAUCAGGCCAAUAGUGUGACAUCAGAUGUUCCAUCGUCGAUCGCCCAGGAUCGAAUAAUCAUUGUCGCCAACCAGCUUCCUGUAAAAGCCAAACGGCGGCCUGAUAAUAAGGGUUGGAGUUUCAGUUGGGACGAGGAUUCUUUGCUGCUGCAGUUGAAAGAUGGAUUGCCUGAAGACAUGGAGGUGAUCUACGUUGGAUCUUUGAGGGUCGAUGUUGACAUGAAUGAACAGGAUGAUGUCUCACAGACUCUUUUGGAUAGAUUCAAAUGUGUUCCUGCUUUCCUCCCGCCUGAUAUCUUGUCCAAAUUCUACCAUGGAUUCUGCAAGCAGCAGCUGUGGCCGCUGUUCCAUUACAUGCUGCCUUUUUCCGUUGAGCAUGGUGGACGAUUCGAUCGUUCCUUGUGGGAGGCCUAUGUGGCUGCGAACAAUAUCUUCUCGCAAAGGGUGAUCGAGGUGAUAAACCCAGAAGACGACUAUGUUUGGAUCCAUGACUACCAUCUUAUGGUGCUUCCCACCUUCUUGAGGCGGCGGUUCAACCGUCUGCGGAUGGGGUUCUUUCUCCACAGCCCAUUCCCUUCAUCAGAGAUCUAUAGGACGCUUCCCGUUAGGGAAGAGAUCCUCAAGGCACUUCUCAAUUCAGACCUGAUCGGUUUCCACACCUUUGAUUAUGCCCGGCAUUUCCUUUCUUGUUGCAGCCGGAUGCUGGGUUUGGAGUACCAGUCAAAGAGGGGUUAUAUUGGAUUAGAAUAUUAUGGACGGACAGUUGGGAUCAAGAUCAUGCCAGUCGGUGUGCACAUGGGUCAGAUUGAAUCAGUGUUGAGUCUUGCAGAUAAGGAGUGGAGAGUAGAGGAGCUCAAACAGCAGUUCCAAGGGAAGACGGUGUUACUCGGCGUAGAUGAUAUGGAUAUCUUCAAAGGGAUCAAUUUGAAGAUAUUGGCAAUGGAACAGAUGCUCAAGCAGCACCCGAAAUGGCAGGGGAGGGCCGUCUUGGUACAGAUUGUGAAUCCUGCAAGAGGUAGAGGGAGAGAUCUUGAGGAAAUACAAGCCGAAAUACGGGCAAGCUGCAGGAGGAUCAAUGAAGAGUUGGGCCAGCCCGGCUAUGAACCAGUGGUCUUCAUUGAUCAGCCAGUUUCGGUCAGUGAAAGGAUUGCUUUCUACACCAUUGCAGAAUGUGUUGUUGUUACGGCUGUGAGGGAUGGCAUGAACCUUACGCCAUACGAGUACAUAGUCUGUAGACAGGGAGUUUCAGGAUCUGAGUCUGGUUCUGAUUCGAGCAGUCCCAAGAAGAGCAUGUUGGUCGUAUCAGAGUUUAUUGGGUGUUCUCCGUCAUUGAGUGGGGCCAUCCGGGUUAACCCAUGGAAUGUGGAAGCAACUGCAGAGGCAAUGAAUGAGGCGAUCUCAAUGGCUGAGCCGGAGAAGCAGUUGCGACACGAGAAGCAUUACAGAUACGUUAGCAGCCACAAUGUUGCUUACUGGUCACGGAGCUUCUUGCAAGACAUGGAGAGAACUUGCAAAGAUCAUUUCAGAAGAAGAUGUUGGGGGAUUGGCUUGAGUUUCGGUUUCAGAGUGGUAGCCCUCGAUCCCAAUUUCAGGAAGCUGUCCAUUGAUGGCAUCGUAUCAUCGUAUGAGAGGGCCAAGAACCGGGCCAUACUGUUGGACUACGAUGGCACCGUGAUGCCCCAAACCUCCAUCAACAAGACCCCUGAUCCUGAAGUCCUCUCCAUCCUGAAUACCCUUUGCAGCGAUCCGAAAAAUGUUGUUUUUAUCGUCAGUGGAAGAGGGAGGGAGAGCUUAGGCAAGUGGUUUUCUCCAUGUGAGAAGCUUGGAAUAGCAGCCGAACAUGGCUACUUCAUGAGGUGGGCAGGAGACCAAGAAUGGGAAAUUUGCGGCCUAAGUACUGAAUUUGGGUGGAUGCAGAUUGCUGAACCUGUGAUGAACCUUUAUACUGAAGCUACAGAUGGUUCUUCUAUUGAAACCAAAGAGAGUGCAUUGGUUUGGCACCAUAGGGAUGCAGACCUGGGAUUCGGAUCCGCCCAGGCAAAGGAGAUGUUAGACCAUCUAGAGAGCGUGCUGGCAAACGAACCAGUUGCCGUGAAGAGUGGUCAGUUCAUUGUAGAAGUCAAGCCUCAGGGAGUCAGCAAAGGCUUGGUUGCAGAGAAGAUCUUAUCGUCGAUGACAGAGAGCGGGAGGCAAGCUGAUUUUGUUCUGUGUAUCGGCGAUGACAGAUCGGAUGAGGAUAUGUUCGAAGGUAUUAGCGCAAUGGCAAGGGACACACUCUCCAACAUGGCAGUAUAUGCUUGCACGGUCGGGCAGAAGCCAAGCAAGGCCAAGUAUUAUCUGGACGACACAGUGGAGGUCAUAACAAUGCUCCAUGCCCUUGCUGAAGCCACUGACCAGCCAUCCUCAUCUCAAGAGGGAAGUCAAGGGUCCCCCUGAAAUCCUCCGUUGAGUGCUAUUCUUCAUCUGAAAGAGAAAACAUCAGUUCCUCCAUUAAUGGCUGAAAGAAACUUUCAGCUUUUCAAACAUGGGUCUGGAUUUCAUUCAGCAAAAAGCAAUCAAAAGCCUUCUGCUGCUGUACCCAGGCUCUUGCUAAAAUUGAGAAUUCUAUACAUUGAAUGGACAGGAAAAGAGAGUUUACAAACAGGAUUUAUUCAGGCUGAGUUGUGACUUGAAAUAAUUGAUGUUCCUUUGUGACCCUGAGCAAGGCAAUUUUCGCUACCUACCCAAGACAGUGAAUGUAUCAAGGAGAGUUCAGAACAGGGUCGGAAGAGUUUCCAGAUCAACUCAGCCAUUAGCUGUAGGAAAAAAAAAUGGCAUACCACCUCUUUUGUUCGAGCCAAUUGAGUUUACUUGCUGUCAUGUGCAGGCACAAGAGAUCCAGCAGUAGUGCAAAUUGGCUGGUUCUCCACAUCUUGAAUAUUACUUGGCUAAUACAGUUUCCUUCUUUUUCUUUUUUA